AUGGCGGUUGGAAUGGCGGUAACAAUUGGAAUGGUGGUUGGAAUGGUGGUUGGAAUGGUGGUUGGAACAACGAGCAUGAGCAUCAAUAGUCAAACACAAACAGCAAUUUUUGAGCAAAAGAGCAACCGCUUGUCUUGGAAAACCAUCUGGAACUACAACACGGGUGUCAUUGCAACAAAAGUGAUGCAAGAGAGAACAUGCUACAUUUCCACCAUGAACAGGAGUGAGAUGCCCAGCUUUGCUGCACUUAUCAAAGUGGCUGCAGAGAGGAGGAACCAGAUCGGUUUUGGAAGACCUAACAAGAUGAUCACUUUUGUCACCAAUGGACUGGUCAACAACCUCAUGUCUUAUGGAGCAAAUGUCUUCUCCAUGUGCAGUGGACUCACCACCUACAUGGCUCACGAAGUUUACGGACCCCAAUACAAUCAACAAUCAUGCACUGCACUUAACGUCGUGAGACUCGUGGAGCUGAAGUACUGCAGAGGCAAUGGAUACAUUUGA